UUUGUGGCUGUAAGACAUGAAAUUACAUGAUUCAUGUUAGUUUUCAUGUGUAUCAACCGUGUAUCUACCUUCCCUAUCCCAGCCCCUGGCAAACACACCCUCGACCUAUGCUUCCUAUCUCUGGCGCAAAACACACUAUCUAAGUGCCUAACCUGACUAUCACCAAACACAAACACUCUACCUUGGGGCAGGGUAACUGUGUCUGUCCCCUCCUUCUUGUCUCCUCCCACCAUGCCCACCUUCUCCUCCUUCACUUCCUCUAGCACACUGAAGGAAUUCUUUGUCUCCACGCAAGGCGCCCUGAGGACCUUCAGCCUCUUGGCUCCCCUACACACAACUGACCACUGCUCCUCCGUUGCCUUACUAGGUAGGGUGACAGUGGGGCAUGACCCUCCCACAGGUGCUGAGAUCCUCUCACAGAACUCAGCGUGCAGGUCUGAGAUCCCUUCACAAAACUCAGUCUGUACCUCCAAGAUCCUUCAAUGGAACUCAGCCUCCACCUCUGAGACCUUCGCAACGAAAGCCUUGAGAACAGGAGAACUAACACAACCAGACGACUCAGCAACACAAGGAUGUGCUGGAGGGAGGCAGCAGAUCCCUUGAUGUCCCCUGUGAUGAACUUAAGGCGGGCAGAAAGUAUGAGGGCAGCCAGCAGGGCAGGGCAGGCGCGGGUGAUGGUCUCCAGCACCAGCAGUGCUUGCUUC